UUGAAGCAUGGUAUAUUGUCUGUGGUGAAGGUCAGAUCUAUCAGAAAUCAUAGAAUUUUUAUUUUGUGAUUUUGUAUGACUUUUUAUUAUUUUAUCUUAUCAUCAAAACAAUAAUCUAUAAUAUUAUAUUAAAGCGAUUGUUAUGAGAAAGUAGACCGGCACACUUAUAUUUAUUGUUCCACACUUCAAAUUUUAAACUUGAAGUCUUAUUAAUUGAAGAUCAAAGUUCCAUACCGGUUUACAGGACAGGUUUUAUUAUUUUUAAGUAAGUGGUAGAUCAUUGUGCAAAUUACCCAACUGGCAUUUGCCGAAUUCCUUUCACUUUUAAGUAUCCAUUCACAUUUUUCUUGAUAACAUUACUACAAUCAUUGAAGUUAAUUCCAUGUCUAACAAUAGCAGUGCAACAGUGCAAAAGUCCAGAUUGCAGUACGAAGACCACAAAAUGCUAAAAGGACUAAGAAUAUGUGGAUUCAGAGGAUUAAUGCUAGAACCUUAUGCUAGUUCUUUCCAAGUUGUAUGCAAUUAUGCUUCAACACAGCCCUCAGCUAAAACACAAAAAUUGCCCCGAUUGCCAGUGCCUAAACUGAGUGACACACUUAGCAAAUAUCUGAAGACUGUUCAACCAUUUCUGAAUGAUGAAGAAUUUGCUGCAACAUCUAAUCUUGUUAAAGAUUUUGAAGGUGGAGUGGGGCAAAAGUUGCAGGCUCUUUUGGAGAAGCGAGCUGGCAAGCACGAGAACUGGCUAGAAGAGUGGUGGCUCAAUACAGCCUACUUGGAGUAUAGGGAUCCUGUUGUGGUAUUUUCAAGCCCUGGUCUAGUUUUUCCAUUCCGAAAAUUUAACAGUCAAGAAGAUCAACUUAAAUAUGCUGCUAAAACAUUACUUGCUGCUUUAGAUUACAAGGCCUUGAUAGACAAUGAUAAAAUUCCUAUUGAAAUGAUGGGGAAAAGUCCACUAGAUAUGGCACAAUAUAAGAAGAUAUUUGGCACAUGUCGUAUACCACAUGAAAAAAGAGAUAAAUUAUCAUUCAAUGAUACAAAAUAUAUAACUGUAAUACAUAAUAACCAUAUAUUCCAUGUGGAUCUUUGGGGCAGUGAUGGAAAUAGGUUAAAUGUUGAUCAGAUUGCCCAAGCAUUAAAAAAAGUGGUAGACUUAUCUAUGACACCAAGCAAUAAUCCCAUAGGCAUUCUUACGUCAGAAAACAGGGAUGCGUGGGCAAAGGCUUAUCAACUUUUAUCCAAAGACAAGGUGAAUAGGGCUUCGUUAGCGGACGUAGAGAGUAGCUUGGCCGUGCUGUGUCUGGACAGCGCGUCGGGGCUGUGGCGAUGCGCGGACGACGACGCGCGCCGCAACGUGGCGGCUGCGCAAACUAUCCACGGCGGCGGUUCGUCUAGCAACGGCGCCAACCGGUGGUUCGACAAGACCAUACAGUUCAUUGUCGGAGCUGACGGUGUCACUGGUUUGACGUAUGAGCAUUCCCCGGCAGAAGGACAACCGAUAGCCGUCCUUACCGACUUUAUCAUCAAAUAUAUUGAGCAAGACAAAGCUGCUGACGCGCCGUCUUCGAGCCCAAAGGAACCCGUGCGCCUCGAGUUCAAUGUUGAUAACGAAGUUACGGCAAUGAUCAACUCUGCAAAGCAAAGCUUGGACAAACUGGUCGCCGACUUAGACCUGAAUUGCUUCAAAUAUGACAAAUAUGGUAAAAAUUUCAUAAAGUCACACAAGAUGAGCCCGGAUAGUUACUUGCAAAUGGCGAUGCAAUACGCAUUCUAUAGGCUGCACAAGACACCGGGCGCGCAUUACGAAUCAGCUGCGACGCGCAUGUACGUGGGCGGGCGCACGGAGACCAUCCGCUCGUGCUCCGUGGAGUCCGUGGCCUUCGCGCGCGCCAUGCUGGACGCACAGGCCUCUGCACACGACAGGCUCGCCGCUCUACGCGCAGCCGUCGCAGCGCACAAGGACUACACCGUUCAGGCAUUACAAGGUUUUGGCGUUGACAGACAUUUACUGGGACUAAAAUUGACAGCCAUCGAAAAUGGUAUCGAAUUGCCGAAAUUAUAUUCUGACCCUGGGUAUGUGAGAAGCGCUCAUAUGAGAAUAUCUACAAGUCAGGUGGCAUGCAAGUGCGACGGGUUCAUGUGCUACGGGCCGCUCGUCGCCGACGGGUACGCGACGUGCUACAACCCGCGCGACAACGACGUCAACUUCGCGACCGCGGCCUUCGCGGCGCAUCCCGCCACCGCCGCCGCGCACUACCGCGCCGCGCUCGAGCACGCGCUGCGCGACAUGCACGACGUGCUGCUGCACGCGGCGCGCUCCAAGCUGUGAGCGCCUACACGCCACGUUGAAGCUCUCCACGAACAUACACAUUCUGCAAUAGUGGGAUUUCAGCUUAUCAAGAACACUCGGAUAUAUUGAGAUACUGUCAAUACCAUCACUCAAUAUAUCCUCAAUGCAGGAUCGCGAUGUCGUGUUAUAAAAUAUUGAUAGUGUGAUAGGCCUCUAUAAGUGCACUGCUUGCAGCUUGAAUAAUGCCUUAUUUACACUUUAAGUAGCAAGUGCAAGUGAAGUGAUUAAUGAAAAAGAAAUAUUAACUAAUCUCUUGUCACUUGCAUUGCAAUUGCACUUCUCAAAGUGUAAAUUGUGACCCAUAAAUGUCAAGAAAAAGGUGGCUUGAGCGUUCCUAAUACCUACUUGAAACUAUGCAUCUGGUGGCCACUGGUCAAACCUGUCGCUCUAAUUUAUUGCUAUUUUCUCGAAGAUCGAAAGCGAUAAGUAGGUAUUUGAUGGGUAUUUGCUAUUUGGUAGAUCGGAGUGCUCUAUCCAUAGAUAAAAUAUAUUUUAGAAUCGUGAUCGGACCUUAGAGGGCUCCUUGCGGAAGGGUUGAUACCUUAUAUAUUGGCUACUUAGCCAAUACCUACAGCAUGAGCGAAGAGUUGAAAAUAAAAACCGGCCAAGUACGAGUCGGGCCUCGCCCUUUUAGGGUUCCGUACAUAAUUAUGAACAUCAAAUUUUGGAACUAUGAAAUAUUUCUUUUCCGAGCUAGAACAUUGCAAUAAACCGUGAAAGAAAAUCCUAAAAAAUGUUCGUUUGUUAUGCUCACAUCUUACAAACUAUGUAUUGUAGCCAAAACGAUCUUCAUGACAUUUUUAGUAUUACAUAAUAUGAAAUGUAACUCGAACAAGUGUAUGAUUUGAAUCAACAAAGAUUUGGAGGUGUUGCGCGUCGUGUUGUCCGUCGGGUCGUAUAUUUACCAUAAAGUAUAUUUUCAUAAUUUUAUUUAAUAAUAAAUAAAAAUAUCUCUAAUGUAAUAUUAUGGUGUAUUUUUAUAGUUAAGAGCCUCUUGCGAUGACGUAUCGUACGUUCCUGCCAAGCUGUCAGCUGAAGUAAAACGGAGCUGAGACGUGUUUAGAACAACAGUUUUAUUACACAGAGAUGCCGGUUGAUUUUAUGGAAUACUCACGCUUGACUAAAAAAUUGAUUAUGCCAAAAUUGUUUUCACAAAAAAAGAUAAGUUUCAUUAGGCAGUUUUUCUAUAUCGCCUGUGUUUUAGAUUUCCCCAUACUGUUCCAGUUAAAAAAAAACACUGUACCUUCGCGACAUGCACAUUUUUUUAAAUUUUAGACUAGCGCUUGACUGAAAACAGACCUGCUAGCAAGUGAUGAUGCAGCCUAAGAUGGCGCGCGCUUGUCCAGACGAUGACUAUUCAUUUUUGACUCGUGCGCACAGAGACAGUGGACGCGUGUUCGAUGCGGUUCGUGCGCGUACGAUGUGCCGAUAAACCUUCAGGCCAGAUGAAUAAAACAUUGUUGUACUUUCAUAUAAUCUAUUAUAAUAUUAUGAUACAUUUUAUAAAAUAAAAAAUUUAAUAGUAAUAAAUAUUUCAAUUAAGUAAUGAUAAAAAUAACACAGUUAACAAUAAUUGUUAUAAUUAUUCAAUAAACUAUAAUACGUUUUUAUGUAACUUAGGUUUGUUAGCAAUAGUCACAUUUUAAACUGAAUUUAGAAGAAGCUGAAUUAAUUCAGUCAAUUAAUUUAAUUUAAAAAGAAGAAAGCCAAAAAAAUUUAAAAUGAAUAAUCAUAUAACAGAACAUAUCUUUCCUAAGCCUACUAAGCCUUUCCACUGAAGAUGCGUAGCGAGGUAGGUAUAUGCGUGAAAACCCACUUAUGGGACUGAAUCAUUUAUAUAACUGAGUUCAAAAACUUCUUUCGCCAGAGGUAAAAUAGGCUCCGCAAUGUAAAUGAAGCAGUCCUUUUAUUAGGUUUAGCUACAUAAUGUACUCCAUUGCCUGUAUGCAUUUAGUAAAUCGGCUUUACCAAUAGAAUAUAGACAAACAUUAUUCAUCUAAUCAUUACUUGUAAUAAAUAGAAAUUAUAAUAUUUUCAUCUUAAUAUUUUAUUCAUUUAUUAUCUUAUUUCUUUAACUUACAAGUUUAUAUUUUUAUACUAUACACACAAAGUAAAAUUGCUGCAGAUGGCGCAAAACAAGUAGUCCAAUCUGAAGUUGUAACAGUGGUUAGCGCAGGUCGUAGACUAAGGAUUAAAUACACAAGCUCUGCUGAGAUAUGUUUUUGCACAGUGCGCAGCCAUACGCCCCGCGUUCAGAUUAAAUUACUUGUUUUGCGGGCACUAUACAACAAAAGUGAAAUGUCUCCAAAACCCCUAUUACGUGUGGAAUGUGAAUGAGAUUAAAGUGCACCCUUUUAAU